CAUCUUUUGAGAGAAACGGUGCGCAUCUGGAUGGCGAUUCUGUUCCGGGCUGGCGGCAGCUCCGGAGGAACGUCAUGUUUAAUUUCGAGGUAAUAAGCGAGUGGAUGUACAGAUCCACUCGCAAACUUUCUCCCAUCGCCACUCAUCUGAAUAUAAAAUCACCAUGUAUCCUGCAAGCUAUCCAAACAACUCUGUUCCCUUCCCCCAGACUGUACCAGUUUACACUCAAUCGCAGACACCUUACCCUUCUCCUUACGCAUCUUCUUAUCUCCAACCGACGAUUCCUUCUAAUAUGCCCACUUACGCCUACCCCGCCCAUUCUUCACAUCACUCACGUCCUCGCGCGCAUUCGACCUCUUACAAUGGCUACACUCAACCGGUAAUUUACGCACCGAGCCAUCACAGUCAUGGCAGUCGCCGUAGCCACAGUCAUUCUCGCAGCCACGGUCAUGGUGGCUCUCAUUCUCAUUCCCGCCACCACUCAACCUCAGGCUACCGUGACUCGGGACACAGACAUCACUCGACGGCUGGGUACAACCAGGCGUACUACGCUCCCGCACAAAGCUACUACCCAAGUGGCGGACACCAGCCAUAUUACCAGCCUUCUGGUCAUUAUCAGAGUAGUCCCCAAGUAGUACGUGUCGAGAGCCGUCACCAGCACAAUGUGUUGGCGAAUCCUCAUCACUCUUAUCAUUCUCGUCGAUACUCCGAACCCUCUUUCGGCGAGCGUCUUCGCCACUUUUUCACCUUUGGUGGCUCUUCUCGCCACUCCCGUUCGCAUUCGCGAUCUAGGGAUGGUCGAUAUACGAGCACCCGUAAUAUCGGCAAGGUCGACGACAGAGGCAGGGAGAUCUAUCGGGUCUAAUUCCCCUCCCAUAUCUCCCAUUCAUCAAUUCUUGCUUCUUGAUCAGGACUCACGAAUAAGUUAUCUUCAGUGCUCAACGCUUGACCAUCUAUGCUACUCGAAUACCUCCAACUCGCCCAAGUUCCUAUUGUAUUUCUUGGCGUCAUCGUCCCUCUUUCACCCUGCUUUCCUUGUCUUUUGUUGUCUUACUACUACUAGCUCAAGUCUGCCUAGGUUCCAGUCUCCAAUUGUACUCUAUGUCUGCUACCCAGCUUUUACGACCCAAAUGUAAUUGUACGCUAGCUCCAGUUUCUUACAAGCAAUCGAAUGCUUUUCAAACAUUUUUACUGGAACGUCAAGGGACGACAUGAGGAACGGCUCACAAUCGAGACAAGCACAUAAGAUCUAUUAUAACGCAGACCAAGUACAGUAUACGAUAUAUCUUUCUCAAGCAAACAAGCUAGAUCUAUGACUAGUAUCGAUACAAAAACUAUAUACAGGAUGUAAAGACAACAAACAACAAUUGUGGAAUCAAAUAUACGCGUAUGCAUAUACAGCAAUAAGUUCUAGAACAAAAAAAUAGGGAGGGGGCAUGAAAACUUGGAAGCAUAUACAAGCAUGUAUAUAUCUAUGAGGGGUCUAGGGAAUAAGGGUGAAAAGGAAUGAGAAGUAAGGAAAAGAAAAGCCAUUGAGGUUGGAGCAUAUGGUACAAGAUUCAAGGAGAAGGUCGAUGUGGUAGACACGUUUUACUCCUUUGGGAAUACUAUGGUAACUCAUAGCAUG